AUGAGUUGCUCCUCUUCGCUCUUGACCCUCUCGAUUCUCAUCUUUGUCUCUGUCCUCAUCAUCCCACCCACUGCUGCUCGGCCACAUUCUAUCUGGGACGUCGAUAUCGACAGAGACCCUGCCCCUCCGCCAGACCAAGGCCCUCCCCUCUCCGCUGGUGCCCUUCGAGACAAGUCCAAGCUCAAAUACGAGAUCAUUGGCAUAGUUGGCGCCUAUGUGGUUUGGCUGAUCAUCACUCUUGUGCUGCUUUUCCUUGUUGGCAAGAAAUUGCGCCGCAGAGUCCAGACCUCGAACCGCAGUCUCAGUAUGGAGAUCAUCAAGCCAGGUCCACUCACCAAUCAGCCCAAGAUGAAUGUCGAACCGCCUUUAAAGAGCCCUGGUAAGAUGGCCAGCCUCAGAUCUUGGGCUACCGGCAAAUCACAUUCCCAUAAACAGUCCAGCAUCAGUGUUUCUUCCACUAUCGACGAGAAGAUCAUCGAGGCCGACAAGGCAAAGAACAGGGAUGAAAUGGCAAGGCUGUAUGCUGUUGUUAUGGCACACGACGAAGAAAAAGCCAGAAGCAGCGGACACACCUCGCCUCGGACGCCCAAUUACCCACCCCAAUACAAUGCUCCGCCCACACCCCGGUCACCUCAUCAUCUGCCAUCAACUCCGAGGUCACCUUACUACCAGCCCAAUCUCAAUCUGAAUGGGCCGGCCUCACCAAGGUCGCCGCGAUAUCCUCCAGAGUUUCAGCAUCUGCGAUAUCCCGACACGGAAGCUCAGGACCACGGCAUUCAACCAGUGGCACAGGCAUUGGUUCACCCUCUUGCACCCACUCCUGCUGACGAUGCUCCCUCAACAAGGACAGGGUCACAGACCAGCAGCCGAAAGAAGGUGUCGCCUUUGUCCUUCAUCUCAGGCCGCAGUGAUUCGGCCGAUCAAACCAAGAAGCGCCCGAGUAAUAUCUCGGUCCGCGGUCAGCCCAUCUCACAGCCACUAGGUUCCGCCACUCUCACGGACCCCUCCAUGUAUUCAGAGAAUGCUAUUUCGUCCCCUCGCAUUUAUAACCCGGGUCCAGCUCCACCAACACCAGGCCAAAAGUCCGCCGUGACAGUCGUUGAGGAAAUUGAGAAGAAAGGUCCCCCGGCACCUUUGUCUCUCCGCAGUACUGCAGCGUCCAACAGCUCCAAUAGCUUACCCUUCCGUCAAUUCUACAAUGAUGCACUGAAGAGCGCACCUGCAACCAAAACCACUUUCGUGGACCGUCGGGAGAGUGUCCUGGGCGUGCACCCGAAGACGGGGAUGCCUCAGACUCCCUAUAGUCCCUACAUGCCUUACACACCAAUGACACCGGUUACGCCCCGGUCACUCGUGACCAAGAAGGAGAUGAAGAAGAACAGGAAGAAGGAAGGGUUGAAGGUGCUGACUGAAGACGACUUGGUGCUCUCGGAUGAGGAUCUGUGGAGUCCGAUGAAGUAG